CGGGCGGUGACGUCAGCGCGCCCUUGCUGCUCAGGCGCGGAGACCCCGCAGCGAGCUGUCAACGUCAGGCGAAGGAGGAGAAGAAGGAGCGCGAGAAGGAACGAGAGAGGGAACGAGAGGAGGAGGAGGAGGAGGAGGGCAAUGAAGACCCUAUGAAGUCAUCUCUGGCAUGAUAAGAAAAUACCAGUAUCUAGUGCAUAUAUGGGAAUUUGGAAACCCUAAAGGAAGAAGAAAUCCUUCCUAGGUGCCGACCUUGUGGUACUCACUUUUGAUCAGAAAGAAAAAGGGAAGAUUCAAGUGUCCAUAUUAAUCAUAUACAUAGCUGUCGACAUGGAAGAGAAACCCUAUAUAUGUGUUGAGUGUGGAAAGCGUUUCGCCCAUAGUUCAUCUCUAGAUAUACAUCAAAGGACUCACACUGGGGAGAAACCCUAUAAAUGCCUGGAGUGUGGACAGAGCUUUGCUUGUAAUGGAAAUCUACAUUCACAUCAGAGGAUUCACACUGGAGAGAAACCCUAUAAAUGCCAGGAGUGUGGACAGAGCUUCACUGAAAAUGGAAGUCUUCAUAAACAUAAAAGGAUCCACACUGGGGACAAACCCUAUAAAUGCCUGGAAUGUGGAAGGAGCUUCAGUACGAGUGGAAUUCUCCGUUUACAUAAAAGGACUCACUCUGGAGAGAAGGCCUAUAAAUGCCUGGAGUGUGGACAGAGCUUCGCUCGGAGUGGAACUCUACGUUUGCAUCAAAGAACACACACUGGGGAGAAACCCUAUAAAUGUCUGGAGUGUGGACAGAGCUUCGCUCGGAAAGCACAUCUACAGUCACAUCAAAGGAUCCACACUGGGGAGAAACCCUAUAAAUGCCAGGAAUGUGGACAGAGCUUCACUGAAAGUGGAAGUCUACAUAAACAUCAAAGGACUCACACUGGGGAGAAACCUUAUAAAUGCCUGGAGUGUGGACACAACUUCACUCAGAGUUCAGGUCUACGUUCACAUCAAAGGAUUCACACUGGGGAGAAACCCUAUAAAUGCCUGGAGUGUGGACAGAGCUUUUCUGAUAGUUCACUUCUACGUUCACAUCAAUGGACUCACACUGGGGAGAAACCCUAUAAAUGCCUGGAGUGUGAACAGAGCUUCGCUCAUAGUUCAGCUCUACAUAAACAUCAAAGGAUUCACACUGGGGAGAAACCCUAUAAAUGCCUGGAGUGUGGACAGAGCUUCGCUCAAAGUGGAAACCUAAGUUCACAUCAAAGGACUCACACUGGGGAGAAACCUUAUAAAUGCCUGGAGUGUGGACACAGCUUCACUCAGAGUUCAAGUCUACGUUCACAUCAAUGGACUCACACUGGGGAGAAACCCUAUAAAUGCCUGGAGUGUGAACAGAGCUUCGCUCGAAGUGGAACUCUACGUUUGCAUCAAAGAACACACACUGGGGAGAAACCCUAUAAAUGCCUGGAGUGUAGACAGAGCUUUUCUGAUAGUUCACUUCUACGUUUGCAUCAAAGAACACACACUGGAGAGAAACCCUAUAAAUGCCUGGAGUGUGGACACAGCUUCAUUCAGAGUUCAGAUCUACGUUCACAUCAAAGGAUUCACACUGGGGAGAAAGCCUAGAAUUGCCUGUAUUGUGGACAGAUUUACUCAGAGUGGAAGUCUAUGUUCGUAUCAAAGGAUUCACACUGGGAAGAAACACUAUAAAUGUCUGAAGUGUGGAAAGAAUUUCACUUACAAUGCAAGCCUACGUUCACAUCACAGAACUCAUGCCUGGAAGGAAAUUGUUAAGGUUACAUUUACAAUUACAACAGAGUUGUCACUGAAUGCUAGAUGAUAAUAUAGAAAGAAAAAUUGAAAGAUUAUUAAAAUAUAUGGUAAUUGCAACUAGAAUCCUAUAUCUUCAGAGAUGGAAGGAAGAAGUUAUCCCAACUCAAGUGAAUUGACUGAUGAAGAUCUGCAAACUAGCAGAGGUGGAAAAACUGACGCUGCUGAUUAAGGAGAAAAAGUGAUUACUUUCAACAAUCAUUGGAACUUUAAAAUUGCAUUUUCAUGACAACAAUAGGAUGUAUGUCAAAGUGUAUGACUGAUGAAUCAAAAUUGUGGUACCAAAGGCAGAAAUGUGCUUAUAUAGGAUUGUCUAAAUGGAGUAGAAUAAUAAGAUAUAAACACCUCGGAUUUUAUUCGUUAAAUUUUGGUAAACGAAGGUGAGUUCCGAGGCAUGCAGGAAAGGUAGGGAGGAAUUUAGAAUUUGAAUCGCUUACCCAUUUUUUCGGAAAUAUUCUUUAAUGUUCAGAUGUGUCCCAAGGUCAGUUUAAAUUCUACUAUAACCAUGAAGCAACUUUGGUGAAACUGUGCUAAAAUCUCAUUCCUUUGGCCCCGACUUUGCCAGGGCUGCCAUAAGGGAGGCGCUGGGGCAGCCGUGGCUAAUUACAGCCAUCUUGACUUCAUUUUUGGGAAGGCCGAGCCCCCCGUGGUAGAAAUCGCAAAAGGCUCUGCUGUAAACUACAUUUCCCAGUAUGCCUCGGGAUGAGAAUGCACAAAUCAGGAGGAAGGAGAAAAUUAUCCCUCCCCCUAAACAGUUUGAUUUUCUGAAAACUUUUAAAAAAUUAUUUAAAUCAGUAGAUGUAUUCAUAUUUCUGAAAGUUGGGGGGAAUGAUCCCCUGUUAAUCUUGUGUCAUUACAUAGAAAAUGCAAGAUCGCUCUUGUAGUUUUAUUUUAAAAUGUUGUUUUAAAAAACUUUAAAAAUUCACCAAAAAUCUAUGGAUAAGUCAAUUGUCAUAAAAUUUGGUGGGCUGACAAUACAUUGCAUUACAUGGUUUGGGAAGCACGGGGAGCCAAAUACAUUGAACUACAUUUCCCAAAAUGCCUUGGGAUGAGAAUGCGCAUCAUCCGAAAAUACAUCACACAGUCCUGGACACUUGGGAAGUGUUCGACUUGUGAUUUUGUGAUAUGAAAUCCAGCAUGUCUAUCUUGUUUGCUGUGUCAUAAUAAAAUAAUAAUAAUAAUAAUAAUAAUAAUAAUAAUAAUAAUAAUAAUAAUAAUAAUACAUCACACAGUCCUAAACACUUGGGAAGUGUUUGACUUGUGAUUUUUUGAUAUGAAAUCCAGCAUAUACAUCUCAUUUGCUGUGUCAUACUCUGUCUUUGUGUCAAUAAUAAUAAUAAUAAUAAUAAUAAUAAUAAUAAUAAUAAUAAUAAUUUUAUUUUUAUAUCCCCGCCUCCAUCUCCCCGAAGGGACCUGGGGCGGAUUACAUAUGGCUCAAGGUGCCUAAAACAACGCAUAAAAUAAACAAUACAAUACAAAAUAAAACCGUUAGUAUAUAAAACAACAAUUGGAACUCCUAUCAUUGCCCAAUAACUUAUAACAACAUCUGUUGUAAAAACAGGGCCAACUGUAAACAAGAAGAAGGGACAGGGAUGGUGCAAGGUGCAGCUGAGGAGCAAGGGCAGGGGGUGAAAGUGCGGUGCGGAGUCAUAAUUGCGGACCAUUGGGCGAGAUUCUCCAAGGCUUGUCUAAACGUCCAAAGGUGACGCGGUAUAAAUUGAGUAAAUAAUAAAUAAAUACAUUGUUUUAGCAUUAUGCAUUAUAAAAAUUUCUGCAUCUUUUUGUGGUAUUAUUGCUUUUGACGUUUAAAAUAUAGAAAGGUUAAAAUUGCUGAGAUGGAAGUGGCAGAUAGAUCUUUUUUGGACCAGAAUAGGGUUUGAUGCCUAAUCUAGUGUGUCUUUAAGGUUGGCUGCAUUGCUCUGCAGUGCCUAUCCUUUGGUGGUUGUUAUUACUCUUUUGUUUUGCAACAUAUAUACGCUGCUUUAAUCAUAAUCAAUUGUUUUUCACCAACUUUUCUGUUAUCUUUAAUUAACCCUCUUUUGGAUUUGUCUUUUUUCAUUUCUGCUCAUCUUGACCCAGCAUUGAAAUACAAUUGGCCCUUCACAUUUUGUGAUUUUAGUUUUCACAGCUAUGAUAAUUCAUAAAUUUAUAAUCCAUAAUAAAUUGCAAUUGUUUUGGGGCUUUGCAGUUUUAUGCAACAUAGAUGUACGCUGCAAAAGAGGAAAAUGUAAAGAAAACACAUUUCAAGGUUUCAUAAAUCAUAAAUGGGUAAAAUAAAACUCCUGUACUUUGUGUGUGCGAAAUAUGGUCGACAGGAUUAAGACGAUUUGGGGAGGUCUUGGGGAUCUUCACAGUUUCCCACUUUCCUGGCAGUCCUGAGAACCUAAAGGACACAAAUGUGGAGGGAGGGUUGGCUAUGGCAGUGAAAUACAGCAACACCCCAAAUCCACAAAAGAGCUUCAUUGGGCCUGCUAAAAAGGGACCAAAACACACCCUGCAACAGUUCAGAGCUCUUAUUAGACAAAGAUAAUAGAAGUCAUACAACAAAAGGUCCACAUUUUGUCAAGAUGUUGGUUUGUUAAUGUCAGAUAAGUUAUUAUUUUUGGCCACGUGGGCUUUGGGAGAGGGAUGUUAGCGAGUGUGUAUAGCGGAACCAGCAGCGUCCAGUUAAUACCAUGUGCAAAAGACUCAGACCAGGCAGAGGAAUUGAAAGAACAAAGGAACUUUACUUGUUGAGUUGAAGUUAAGUAAACAGUUCAGCAAUCGUACAAUGUCUUUGUAGUUGCAUAGGAUCAAUAACUAAUCAAUCAGCAUUCAAUAUAUCCAGCAUAGCAUAUUUAAACUGCUACUUGACCGUAGCUAGAGAGCCUGUAUUUUCUGUGCUCUCCCUGCAAGCUCAGAUUCCCAGCUGACAAAACCCAGCCAUCUGCCAGCAAACCGAUACAUUGUUUGAGGCGUGGCUUGCCUCUGCAUAAGCUCAGCUCCCUUUUUGCAGAGAUCUUUUGCAAGCAACUUUGCAAGGAUUUCUUUACACACACACACACAUAGCAAUUUGGCGCAAUAAAGGAGUCAGUAGAUCCAGGCAAUAAAAAGGGAACGUGAGAGCCAUGCUGCUCUUGCCCUGGGUGAAGUACUUGAUAAUAGCUUGUUGUCAAUCACUAAACAGCAGAGCCUUCUGAGAGUUAAUCCUAGAUUUGUUAAUAAAUUAAGCAUGGCCUGUGUCAUGGACCACAUCUUCAUUGUGUUGUGGUUUAGUCUGAUGAAGAAGAGGGAUUUGGGUUUUCACAGGUUGAACCUGAAAAUGUUAGACAGUCUGAGCAACAGGAAAGGCCGCAGGCAGAAAGCCAAGAUGAGUUAGCAGGCCGAGAUGAGAUAACAGAGGCUGCAGAUCAGCGUGACCCGUCUCAGCUCUCAGAAUGGGAGGAGGGCAGGGAGAGUCAACAACAGCCAAGUGGUUCCAAAAGUGAUAAUGAGGAAGGCCAAUUAGACAGGCAAGCAAGGCUGCUUCUGAGAACCAGACUCCCUAGACGUUCGCUAAGGAUUGCAGCCAAAAGGCUGGGAAUCCAAGGUCAAAGGAAUGCCUUCAUGUCUUGUGAGAAUGUGUAAAUAAGGGGAAAUGUGGGGACAUAUUUCAGAUCAAGCAACUUUGCUUUCAGAGCAAGAUCUGCUUUGUUUCUGUUUUCAAGCCUCAAGUCUUUGUUCAAGUUUUGCCUGUGUGUUUUGGGGAAAGUAUUCUUACAUUCAUGUUCCUGUUUGUAUCAUGUACUUUGGAUCCUAGUUUGAAGAUCAUGUUCCUGUUUUAAGCCUUGCAUUUAAGGAUUUAUUUGCUGUUUUGAGACAUUGGAUUCUAUUUGGAUUUUUGCAUUUCCUUAUUGCUUUUGCCUUAUUUUUUGCUACCUUUUUAUCAAUAAACUGUUUAUAUCAA